AUGGGUGACAAAACAACAUACAUGAUCUCAAGGGUCAGCUGCAAAUCAGCAACACAAAGAUACAAUGAUGGCUAUUUUAAGCCAGGUAAUCAUAUUGUCAGUGCCGUUUUAUCUUUACGUGCUGUCGGGCUUCCAAACGAAUUAUUCAAAACAGUACCCGGGAGUGGUCUGCAGUUUGAGUUGGUGAGAAAGAACUACCAGCAUGCCUUGGCUCUUAUUUUUGCCACAGAAGAAAUCAAUAACAAUCCAUAUAUUUUAAAUAAUAUCACCCUGGGCUUCCACAUCUAUGACAAUGUCUUCAGUGACAAAUUCAACUACGAUGUCACUCUUUCUUUGUUGUCUAUUAAAAAAGAAAACUUCCCAAAUUACCGAUGUGGAAGGCGGUACAAAAUGUCUGCUGUUGUCGGAGGACUAAAUUCUAGAACGUCCAUGCAGAUGGCCAGUAUUUUAGGUCUCUACAAGAUCCCCCAGCUCACUUAUGGUUCGAUCCACGCAAUAAUGAAUGAUAUGAUUCAGUUCCCAUUUUCCUAUCAAAUGGUCCAAAAUGAAGCUGUCCAGUAUGAUGGGAUAGUGCAGCUGCUACUAUAUUUUGGAUGGACGUGGGUUGGUCUCAUUGUUUCAAAUGAUAACCACGGGGAAGAGUUUGCACAAGCUGUGAAAUCAAUUCUUAGUAAAUACAGUAUCUGUGUAGCCUUUUUAGAAAAGGCUCCACCUUUCUCUAUGGCUGUAACCAGUAACGGAUCCCCAUACUAUAUAUUCAAUAAUGUACAAACUUUGAACAGUCUUCUUUGUACAAAAGCCAAUGUGGUUGUUGGGUAUGGGGACACAUCUUAUAUGCUUGGUUUAGAACUAUUGCUCCAUCACAGUGAAAUAUUAACCAGGAGCUUGAUACAGAAGAUUUGGAUCACAACAGCACAGUGGGACUUCACUUCACAGGUUUUUCUCAGUGCCUGGGAUGUCAAAUAUUUCCAUGGUUCCUUGUCUUUCACCAUCCACAAAAAUGAUCCUCCAGGAUUCCAGAGCUUUCUCCAGAACUUUAACCCCUAUAAGCACUCUGACAGCAGUUUUAUCCAACAGUUCUGGCAGGAAGCAUUUGGUUGUGUAGUCUCUAAUUCCUACAAGAGCACAGAAAAACUGAACAUCUGUACAGAGAAGGAAAAGCUGGAAGGCCUUCCUCAGACAAUAUUUGAAAUGACUAUGUCGGGUGAGAGCUAUAAUAUCUACAAUGCAGUUUAUGUCUUGGCAUAUGCUUUGCAUACCAUUUAUUUAUCAGAACAUGUGAGGUGUUCAGGAACAUCUGGACUGGAACAUGAGAUAAUGCAGCCGUGGGAGCUUCACUCAUUUUUGAGAAAAAUCCAUUUUAACAACAGUGCUGGAGAUGAGGUGUUUUUCAACGAAAACAUGGAAUUAUCCACGGGAUAUGACAUUGUUAACUGGGUCACAUUCCCAAAUAAAUCCUUUAUCCAAGUGAGAAUUGGAACACUGGCUUCCCAGGCUUUCUCUGAUCAAAGGUUUAUUGUAAAUAAAGAUGCCAUUACAUGGCCUAGCAUCUUCAAUCAGACAUUGCCACAGUCAAUGUGCUCUGAGAAAUGCCAUCCAGGAUACCACAUGAGGGUUCUUGAAGGAUAUGCAUCUUGCUGUUAUGAUUGUAUCUUGUGUCCAGAAGGGAUUAUUUCAAACCAAACAGAUGCACAUAAUUGCUAUAGGUGCCCUGAAAAUGAGCAUCCAAACAAGCAUCAGAAUAAAUGUAUCCCUAAAGCUAUAGCUUUUCUUGCUCAUGAUGACCCCUUAGGGAUCAGUCUGAUUUCUGCUACACUAUUUUGUACCCUGCUGACAGCCUCAGUACUUGGAAUAUUUAUUAAGCAUCAGAACACGCCGAUUGUCAAAGCCAACAAUAGGGACCUUACCUAUCUUCUGCUAAUUUCACUCUUGCUCUGCUUCCUUUGUUCCUUACUGUUUUUUGGACGACCCAGCAAGAUAACUUGCCUACUCAGACAAACUGCUUUUGGGAAUGUCUUUUCUCUUGCACUUUCUAGUGUGCUAGCCAAAACAAUCACUGUGAUCUUAGCAUUCAAAGCCACAAAUCCUGGAAACAAGUUGAAGAAAUGGGUGGGCAGAAGACUGCCCAGCUACCUUGUCCUUCUUUGUACUAUUGUCCAAGUUGUCAUCUGUGCCAUAUGGCUAGGCACUUCUCCCCCAUUCCCAGAUCUUGACAUGGUCUCACAGACUGGGCAGAUUGUGGUACAAUGCAACGAAGGCUCAGAAACGAUGUUUUACACUGUCCUGGCCUACAUGGGUGUUCAGGCUCUUAUUAGCUUCACCGUGGCCUACCUAGCCAGGAAACUGCCCAGCACGUUCAAUGAGACUAAAUUUAUCACCUUCAGCAUGUUGGUGUUUUGCAGUGUCUGGGUAACCUUCAUUCCAACUUACCUGAGCAGCAAAGGCAAAUAUGUUGUAGCUGUGGAGAUCUUCUGUAUCCUGGCCUCCAGUGCGGGAUUACUGAGUUGCAUUUUUGCUCCCAAAGUAUACAUUAUUUUGUUGAAACCAAAUAUGAAUACCAGAGGCCAUUUGUUUAAGAACAGUUGCAGUAAAUGCCAUUAG